AUGGCUUCAGGUGCCACCACCACCCCGGUGAAGCCUUCUGAUGCCUUAAUUUUGGGGAAGAUAAAGAAUGUUGAUUGUGUCCUCCUUGCAAGGCACGGGAGGCAGCAUACCAUCAUGCCCUCUAAAGUCAACUACCAGGCCAACAUCUGGGCUCUGAAGGAGGAGGGCUGCACACACAUCAUUGUGACGACGGCCUGUGGCUCCUUGAGGGAAGAGAUUCAACCUGGAGACAUCAUCAUUAUUGACCAGUUUAUCGACAGGACUGCCAAAAGGUCUCAGACCUUCUACGACGGGAGUCACCCUUGUGCCAGAGGCGUGUGUCACAUCCCCAUGGCUGAGCCCUUCUGCCCCAAAACGAGAGAGGUCCUCAUAGAGACCACCAAGAAGCUGGGUCUCCGGUGCCAUCCACGAGGGACAAUGGUCACAGUUGAGGGACCUCGUUUUAGCUCCCGGUCAGAAAGCUUCAUGUUCCGCACCUGGGGCGCUGAUGUUAUCAACAUGACUACGGUGCCAGAAGUGGUUCUUGCCAAGGAGGCGGGAAUUUGCUAUGCAAGUAUUGCCAUGGCAACAGAUUACGAUUGCUGGAAGGAGCACGAGGAAGCGGUUUCAGUGGACCGGGUCUUAAAGACCCUGAAGGAAAAUGCCAACAAAGCCAAAAGUUUGCUCCUCACAACCAUACCUCAGAUAGGUUCCAUGGAGUGGUCAGAGACACUCCAUAACCUAAAAAAUAUGGCCCAGUUUUCUGUUUUAUUACCAAGACAUUAAAAAAGCCAGGUUGACAGAAGGUGAGAAGACUUUAAUUCUGGUCAUUUGAGGAAUCUACUUACCUUGAAAACACAUGAAAAAUACCUGCAGCUUUCCUGUCCUGGCCAGUAAAGAACAUGUGAUAAAAUGGUAUACAUUACAGCAAUGGCUUUGAAGACACUUGGAUUGGAAAAGAAGGGGAAGCCAGUGACUGUGAAACAUGGACAGUACAUUUGAUGGCUUAGAAACAAUACAUUUGAUGACCAUAUACCAUUCACUCUUCCUUCAUGAAUUUGUAACAAUAAAGGCUGCAAAGUAAUAUUUAAUUUUUGUAUUGCCAAGGCCUUUGAAUAGGAAAUGGGACUCGAAGGCCAUUCAUUGAUGUGACUGUUACAAUAGUGCAAACAUUUUGAAGGGUAGUUUGGGAACAUGUAGUGCAAGACUUAAAAAUUCUUGGCUCCUUUGUGCUGUUUACUCCUAGAAUUUAUCUUGGAAAAUUAUCAGCAUUAACACACAGAGAAUUAUGUGAAGAAAAAUGUUUAGCAUAGUAUUAGUUGCAAUAGUAAAUAAUCAAAAUAAUCUGAAUAUUCUAAAAAUGGGAGAUAAAUUAUGGUUUAGCUCUAACUUUAAAGCUGAAGAUCAUGUUUUCAUAGCAUAAUGCAUUGGUUGUGUUCUGAUAUGAAAUAAAGGACAUGCAGGUAUUUAAAGUACUAAAUUCACUUUAAAAUGCUACAUAUGUACACGAAAAGACUAGAGAGAAUCUUGUUAUAUUUGGAUGACAGAAACGAAAUUAUUUUACUUUUCUGCCUUUGUUUUCUACAGUCAAUAUAAUAAAGUAGUAAAAUUGUUUUAAAAAUAAAAAUGGACUUAGAUCUUGUUCUUGAACACACUGUUAGUAAUGAAACAAGAUGUAAGAUGGUGUGUUAUGGAGUUCUGUUGGAUUCCAUCUUAAUUUUGUUAAGGAGGCCUGUUCAUGACUUGGGUAGUCAGAACAAUACAUGAGUUUUACAACUCAAGAAUGUUUAAGCUCAAGAUAGUUGUUUAAGCACAAGGUAGUCGUGAAGUUGAACUGUUUGAGACUACACACAUUUUAGUGUGUCCGACAAUUUUAAAGUUCCUUUUUGAGUCGUUCUCCUUUUUAUGAGUUGAUACUUCAUGUGAGUUAAUGAUUUUUGCUUUUUUUUUUUAAAAAAAAAGAUUUAUUUAUUUGUGCAUACAGA